AUCAACAUGCUGGCUGCUGCAGCGCCGUCAGCUGGACAAUAUCUCCAUAGUUCUUGCCGAAAUGAUAGCCACCGCCAUGUUGAUGUUCCUCGGUUGCAUGGGCUGCGUCCAGAACUCCGUUUUCACCAACUCGAACUUCCAGAGCGCCGUAAACUUUGGAUUCGUGGUGCUGAUCUGCAUCCAGUGCUUCGGCUGUGUGUGUGGAGCCCACUUGAAUCCCGCCGUCACCCUGGCCACCUACGUUUACAACAUGAUCUCGCUGCCCAUGGCGCUAGCCUACUUUGUGGCCCAGAUGGUGGGUGCCUUCAUAGGCUACGGACUGCUGAAGGCUGUGCUCCCGGAGAAUGCCAUCUACAGCUCGGACACGCCCAAUGGAGUUUGCCUCACUUCUCUGAAUAGCACCUUGACGAGUUGGCAGGGUGUGGCCAUCGAGUUCCUCAUCACCUGCGUCCUCAUCUCCAUUUGCUGCGGCGUUUGGGAUCCACGAAAUGCCACGAAACAGGACUCGGUUCCCGUGCGUUUCGGCCUGGCCAUCGCCUGCCUUUCACUCACAGCGGGCCAACUGACAGGCGCCAGCAUGAACCCAGCCCGAUCUUUUGCUCCUGCCAUUUGGAAUGGAGCUUGGGAACACCACUGGAUCUACUGGGUGGGUCCCAUGGCCGGGGCCCUAGUCACCUCGGUGAUCUACAAGUACGCCUUCCGGCGGGAGGUAGAGGAUUUGGAGGAGGUCGACGAGACCACAAUGUCAACGAAACGAACCUCGGAGGCGGAACUCGCCUAGAAAUGAUUUAAUACCCCAUAAGACAAGUUAUCGUUUAAGUUUGUGUGUGAGUUGAAUGCGGUUUAGUUUUAAGUUGCAAAGCGUACAAAUAAAUACCUUAAAUGAAAUCUUA